UCUCAUAUUUCUUAAUUUCCUAAUUUUUAUUUUUUGUGGAUUUGUGUUUUGUAUUGUUUGGUAUUACUGCACGAGCUAGAAACAUAAGCAUUUCACUGCACCUGAGAAAACAUCUGCAGAAUAUGUGCACGCGACCAAUACAAUGUGAUUUGGAUUUGAUUUACUAAGGCGCACCAAGAAGAAAACCAAACACGGAAGUAGUAAUGCAGCUAGCUGAUUUGUCAGUGUAUUUAUCGCACUUCAAAGCAUUGUAGCUAGUUACAUACAGCUAAUAUCACCAGAUAUAAUUUAUGAUACGGUUAUGGUAACGUUAAGUAUUAUUCACUGGCUGGACUAGUUCACGUAUGAAACGCGGGAUUUCCGCCUCUGCCAGUUUAGGAGCUACAAUACUAGCCAGUUGUAGCAGCGCGCUAUCGUUAGCUAACAUUUCUCCCUCACAGCACAGCAAGAGACUGGAAUAACUCUGGCACAACAACAUAUUCUUUGAGACAUUUGAAGCCCAUUCACAAUGCAUGAGUUUGAUGAACACCAACCGUCAAAAUGGCGGGGUCCAUACCGUAACCAUGGUGACCAGCAACACCAGAGCAGCAAGCGACUCCAGGGUCCCGAGAUGGUCCAAAGUUUUGACAUUGUAUUCAAAGAGGAGCCAGAAGAUGAUCAUGAACCUUGGGGUCAGAGUAAUACUGGAAUGAGUCCUGCCUCCAGCCACGGCAGUGAGGAGACUACCUCUACAUCAGGAGAACCUGAGCAACAACAGGAGAAUCAUCAGACAGCCACGUCGUCUCACCGGGAGAAUCAUCAGACAGCCACGUCGUCUCACCGGGAGCAUCAUCAGACAGCCAUGUCGUCUCACCGGGAGAAUCAUCAGACAGCCACGUCGUCUCACCGGGAGCAUCAUCAGACAGCCACGUCGUCUCACCGGGAGCAUCAUCAGACAGCCACGUCGUCUCACCGGGAGCAUCAUCAGACAGCCACGUCGUCUCACCGGGAGCAUCAUCAGACAGCCACGUCGUCUCACCGGGAGCAUCAUCAGACAGCCACGUCGUCUCACCGGGAGCAUCAUCAGACAGCCACGUCGUCUCACCGGGAGCAUCAUCAGACAGCCAUGUCGUCUCACCGGGAGAAUCAUCAGACAGCCACGUCGUCUCACCGGGAGCAUCAUCAGACAGCCACGUCGUCUCACCGGGAGCAUCAUCAGACAGCCACGUCGUCUCACCGGGAGAAUCAUCAGACAGCCACGUCGUCUCACCGGGAGAAUCAUCAGACAGCCACGUCGUCUCACCGGGAGCAUCAUCAGACAGCCACGUCGUCUCACCGGGAGCAUCAUCAGACAGCCACGUCGUCUCACCGGGAGAAUCAUCAGACAGCCACGUCGUCUCACCGGGAGCAUCAUCAGACAGCCACGUCGUCUCACCGGGAGAAUCAUCAGACAGCCACGUCGUCUCACCGGGAGAAUCAUCAGACAGCCACGUCGUCUCACCGGGAGCAUCAUCAGACAGCCACGUCGUCUCACCGGGAGCAUCAUCAGACAGCCACGUCGUCUCACCGGGAGCAUCAUCAGAAAGUCACGUCUCACUGCUGCUGUGCCUGUGGACAGGAGUUCCCUGGUGCCUAUGACCUCAUGCUACACCAGAGGACUCACUAUGUAAGGAACAGGGUGCCAUGUGGGACACAUACCAUGACUGCAAAUCAGCAAACAUCCGCUGUAAAAAGAGAGCGUGGUCACACUGAGGAGGAAGGAGAGGAAGUUGGUGGAUUUAUUAAAUGUGAAGAAGCAGCUACUUGGGAUCCUCCUCAACUCGGAAUGAGUCCUGCCUCCAGCCACAGCAGUGAGGAGACUACCUCUACAUCAGGAGAACCUGAGCAACACCAGGAGAAUCAUCAGACUGCCACGUCGUCUCACCGCUGCUUUGGCUGUGGACAGGAGUUCCCUGCUGCCUGUGACCUCAUGUUACACCAGAGGACACACAUAGAGAGAGGCUUCUACAAGUCUGUCUGUGGAGAGCUGUUCUACCAGAAAGAGUUACUCAAAACACAUCAUCAGAGAGUUGACACAGGAAUACCUGUACAACACCAGAAGAAUCCCAAAGCUAAGAAGUCUCAUGACUGUGUAGUGUGUGGAAAACAACUAUUGGAAGCAAUGAAGCUGAAGAGGCACAUGAGAACACACACAGGGGAGAAACCUCACGGUUGCUCUGUGUGCGGCAGGGGAUUCACACAGAAAGGAAAUCUGAAAACACACAUGAAAACACACAGAGGGUUGAACCCCAAAUUGUGGUCCACUGGAGAGGACAGUCCCUCUACAUCAGGAGAACCUGAACAACACCAGAAGAACCACACAGCUAAGACAUUUCAUAAUUGCAUAGAUUGUGGGGAGAUAUGCCAAACUCUACCAGCACUAAAAAAACACAUGAAAACUCACACCGGAAAGAAGCUGUCUUACCAAUGCUCCCUUUGCGGGGCAGAAUUCACUGAGAAAGGGCAAAUCCAAGACCACCAGUUAAAGCAUGUUGGAGAGAAGCCUUACUCCUGCCCUGACUGUGGGAAAUGUUUCGUCAAUGAAAGCUACAUUAAAAUUCACCAGCGAACACACACUGGAGAGAGACCCUACAGCUGCCUUGUGUGUGGAAAGAGUUUCAUGAAAAAAGCAUACUUAAAAAGUCAUUUAUUGACGCACACUGGAGAGAAGCCAUACCUUUGCUCCAUCUGUGGGAAGACAUACAGUAGAGAAGGAACUUUCAAAAUCCACCAGAGAGUUCACACAGGAGAGAAACCAUACAUGUGCACUGAAUGUGGGAAGCGUUUCAGCUGUAGAGCUAACCUUUAUUCACACAAGAAGAGACAUGCUGGCAAACCCAUAGGACCUAAACGGCAGUUAGGCAGACCGAAGCAACUGCCAAACUGACAAUGGGACAGGACAAAUUGACUUGUGUAGUGUCUCUACUGAUCACCAGAAAAAUAGUUAUGUUCAUCUUGAUUAUGCAUUUCCCAUAAACGGACAUAAACAAUAGAAUAUUAAGGAAUGCAGCUGUGGAUGUCUGAAAGACUGAAAUAUGUAAGCACAGGACCUAAAAAGCAGUUAUGCAGACCCAAGAAACUGCCAUGAGGACAGUGCUUUUUAAAUUAACUAAAGCAGUGACUUCAUUUUAUGUAAGACAUCACAGCCCAUGGAAAUCAAGAGAGGGUGGUCUACAGAGAGAGAUGGGAUUAAAACAUGAAUGAUCUGUAAUCGUUAGGAAACACCACAUAUCAUGUGUACAGGACAUGUCUUAGAGUAGGGUUGUGGAGAGGAGUGGCUAACCAGCAUCAACAAACCUGGAGCAAACUGGAUGCCAGGGGACAGGGAGGUGCGUUGCUGAGGCUGCGGAUCUGACUGUCUCUGACUGACUGGCUCCCUCCGAGACCAGGAACGCUUCCUCCGCUCUCAGUACCAUCUGUUCUGUUUCAACUCUCAGAGGACCCUCCAUCCUUCAGCUCCCAUCCAUACAGAUUUGUAUGUUUUUUUUGGGUUCAAACUUGUAAGUGCUGAUAUUUAGCUUUUAGCUGCCAAGUUUUAUUGGUAUGUAACUGUUAUGAAAGUUGUAUUGUCAAUUUGUUUUGUAUUUAAAUGCCACUUUAAACGUG